CCUCAGCAGUACAGCUGGUGAGUGGGAGGUGAGCAAUAACAAUAAAACAUGGGGAAGAUUGUAUUCUUUGAGGAUAAGAAUUUCCAAGGUGGUAGUUAUGAAUGCAGCAGUGACAGCCCAGACCUGCACUCCUUCUUCAGCCGCUGUAACUCUAUCAGGGUGGAGAGCGGCUGCUGGGUUCUGUACGAGCGCCCCAGCUAUGCAGGCUACCAGUACAUCCUGACCCCUGGGGAGUACCCUGACCACCAGCAGUGGAUGGGCUUCAACGACAGCAUCAGAUCCUGUCGAUCUAUCAAAAACGUCUAUGGAAAUUCCUACAAGAUCAGAUGCUAUGACAGGCCAGAUUUUGCUGGCCAUAUGGCAGAGUGGAGUGAGGACUGCCCAUUGGUCCACGAAGCAUUCAAGUUCCAUGAGUUCCACUCUGCUGUGGUGAUGGACGGUGCCUGGGCAUUCUACGAGCUGCCCAACUACAGGGGGCGCCAGUACUUCCUGGAGCGCAAAGAGUACCAUAACUUCACGGACUGGGGCGCCACCUCCCCUGUCGUGGGCUCCUUCCGCAGGAUCACAGAGUUCUAGAACCUUACAACCUCUAGAGUUCUAGAGCCCUACGAUGACCCCUUUCCCAGAAACCUCUCUGCAGUGCCUUAUGACACCCACCUCUGUGUGAGAGUGUUGCAGUCUAACAAAUAAAACUCUGUCUGAUUCCCACAUA